AUGAACGAGGUUUACUGCGACCCUCGAUCAGGCACAUUCUGCCACCCGUUCCUCCGCUCAUCUACAGUGACCGCAUUGGAAAUGGAUAGUCUGCGGAAAAUGCUUGUUCGUCUGCAGGAUCAAGCGCUGACCCUCACGCGCGAAGAAGUCGAUAUGCAGCUUUCCCAGUCCGUGCCAAUCAGGGAACCUGACACUGAAAUCCCCGAGGUCUUUCGCUCUAUCGGCGAAGCACGCGAUACAUUCGAAUAUUACAGAUGCAAGGCGGGUCGUCAAUUUCGCGCGUUGGAUCCCGCGAAACCUGACGAUUUCAUGAACCUUAAUCAUCACUAUUGCCAGCUUUUAGAAAAGCUGACCGCGGCGUUGAAUAAUUUCGAGCGCACUCGAGGUCCACUUCUCAACGCCAGAGACAAGACUGGAUUAGCCAUCAUCCGGAUCUACCAAAAAAUGCAAUACAUACUUCUGGAAUACGGCAAACUAGGAGUCUCAGACCAGAGGUCAUGGGAUAAUUACAACUUUAUAUUUGAAGAAAUCGUCACGCUUGCCGCUUCUGUGGUUGACAGCGCGCAAGGUAUCGAUUGUCUGUCUCUAUCACCAUCUCAACUGGCAGAGCUGUCUCAGAAGGGUCGCUUAAAACCCUCGUUCUCCCUUGAUAUGGGCAUCAUCGCUCCGGUUUACAAUGUUGCCACUCUAUGCCGAGAUCCUGUCAUCCGUCGGAAGGCACUUACUGUGCUUCGCUCAAUGUCGCGACAAGAGGGUGUUUUCAAUAGCCAUGCUUGUGCCUUGGUUGCAGAGCAGGCAAUCGCCAUUGAAGAAAGGAUGGCUGCGGGGAUGGCAUUGAACCAUCAGAAUGAGAGAUCUCUUCUGAUGCUCUUGCCCGGGACGAGACCGUCCUGGAAAAGUGAAACUACUGAAAUUACCCACAGCGACGAGGUUCCUGACUCGGCUCGUCUGACAUACAUCCACCCGACUAUUAAGAUUGCUGACAAAAAUGUGUGUUUGACCAUCGGCCAACAAGGCAAGCACAUGGACAUUCCUGUACCCGCAUUGACUGCCAUGCUGGACCUAGUAACAUUGUGA